AUGGAAGCAAACCAAAGAGCACAAAGAGAAAUAGAGAAAAACUCAGCAUCAGUCAUAAACAGAGCAGCAAAAACACUUGGAAACAUAGGCUCCGUUAAGAAACUCGUUCCAGCAAGUACAAACACAUCAGUUGUUGUUAUUAGCAUUGCUGUUCUACUAGUUGUCUUAUCGGUAUUAGCUAUAAUCUAUCAGCUAAGACAGAAAAAACUACUAGCAGAAUUAAGACAAGAAAAUGCUACAUUAAAGCAACAAGGACAAACACAAGAGGUUACUAUUACUUCUUUAACAGAUAGUUUAAACAAGUUAAAUAGUGAAAAUCAAAGUGAUGUAAACACAGCUUCUAGUGUGUUCGGCAUAUUGAAAGAACAAAUAAAGACUAAAGAAGGAGAACUUCAGCAAAAAUCAGAAGAGUUAGAAAAAGCUAAAAGCUCUAUUAAUACUCUUACUGAAGAAAAUGUAAGCUUACAGGCUCAGUUAAAAGAAGCUAAAAUGUCUACUGAUAUUCUUGUUAAAGAAAAUGUAAGCUUGGAGACUAUAUUAGAAGAAGAAAGAAAAGAUCUAUUCAAGGAAACAUAUGAAAAGAAAGAAAAUAAACAAUUAUAUGAAGGAGCCAAAAAAGCUAAAAAGGAAAGAGAUGAAACUAAUGAAAAAAAUGCAAAACUUGAAGAAGAAGUCAACAAAUUGCGGUCUCAGCUGUCAAAUCAAAAGCCAGCGGAAUAA